AUGGUAAACUGCCCUCGGACUUGGGGGUUCACCUCCCAAAUCUCAGGGCCCUACUCCUUGGCACCAAUAGACCAAAACGACUUCAAGGCCCUUGUGUUGGAGUUCAUGCCUAAUGGGAGCCUGGAUAGGUGGUUACACAUUGAUGUACAUGCAUCACAGCAACUGCAAGGUUUGACAUUGAUGCAGAGAUUAAAUAUUGCAGUUGAUAUCGCUGAUGCAUUAGAUUAUUUGCACAACAACUGUGAACCACCAAUAAUUCACUGCGACUUGAAGCCAAGCAACAUUGUUCUUAACGAGGAUUUAGUUGCGCACAUUGGGGACUUCGGCCUUGCAAAGAUUCUUUCUGAACCAGCAGCGGAGCAGCUGAUUAAUUCAAAGAGCUCCAUUGGAAUAAGAGGAACGAUUGGAUAUGUAGCUCCAGAGUAUGGCGAAGGUGGUCAAGUUUCUUCAUGUGGAGAUGCAUAUAGCUUCGGAACUGUCAUCCUCGAGUUGUUUACAGGCAUGGCACCAACUCAUGAUAUGCUCAGAGACGGGUUAACCUUGCAUAAGCAUGCCGAGAAUGCAUUUACAGGGAUGCUAAUGCAGAUUGUUGAUCCAGUACUACUUUCCAUUGAAGAAGCCAAUCUGACUAGUCUGCAGGAUGGAAGCAACACAAUGGAACAUGGCAGCAAUGCCAUAUUGUCUGUCAUGAAGGUUGCGCUAUCAUGCAGCAAUCAUGCACCAACAGAGAGGAUGUGCAUGAGAGAUGCUGCUGCUGCGAUUCGCAGGAUAACGGAUAGCUAUGUUAAAAAUAAGACAAACUGA